AUGUCUACAAAGUUGAAGAUUUUGGUCCCUGUCAAGAGGGUCAUUGAUUUCGCCAUCAAGCCUAGAAUCAACAAAGCCGGUACCGGCGUUGAGAAGAAGGGUGUGAAGUUCAGUAUCAACCCUUUCUGUGACAUUGCAUUGGAGGAAUCUUUGAAGCUCAGAGAGGCCAUCAAGGGCUUGGUUGAGAAAAUCCACGCUGUUUCCAUUGGCCCCACCAAGGCUCAGGAUAUCUUGAGAACGGCACUUGCCAAAGGUGCUGACACCACCACAUUAGUGGAUGUUGGUGAAGAGGAGGUCGAGCCUUUGAAUGUGGCUAAAAUCUUGCAAAAGGUUGUUGAAAAGGAGCAGUCCAACUUGAUUAUCUUGGGUAAGCAGUCGAUUGACGAUGAUGCCAACCAGACCGGCCAGAUCUUGGCUGGUUUGUUGAACUGGCCCCAGGCCACCAACGCCUCCAAGGUUGAGGUUUCUGGCGAGGAAGUCAGUGUGACCAGAGAGGUUGACGGCGGUGCCGACACACUCAAGGCCAAGUUGCCCAUGAUCGUGACGACUGAUUUGAGAUUGAACGAGCCUCGUUACGCCUCGUUGCCCAACAUCAUGAAGGCCAAGAAGAAGCCAUUGGAGAAGUUGAAGGCCAGCGAUUUGGGCGUGGAGAUCGCCAGCCGUUUGGAGACGUUGAAGGUGGAAGAGCCACCUGCCCGUGCUCCAGGUGUGAAGGUUGAAAACGUGGACGAGUUGGUUGCCAAGCUCCGGGACGCCAAGGCCAUUUAG